CCUAUUCACAAUUCCACCGCAAAUCUAACCUUUUCUUCAGUGACGAUUAUCCUGCUCUCUGGCUCUUCGAAUUCCCUUCUUUUUUUCUUUUGAUUGUUUCAAUUACCUUGUUGGGAAAUUGGUUAAUUGACCUUAGUAUGGUACACUUUUCUGUUUAUUUGAAAAUUGGUCAAAAUCUGGAGAGCACUUUCUCCAAGUUCAGCCUUUGAUACCAGAAGACUUUUCUACUGGGUUCCCUCUUUUGUUUGUUCGUUUCUUUUUUGGGUUCUUUAAUCACUUUUCUUUUGGCUCUGAAAAUUAUUUCUUUUUUUACUUCUUUUUUUUUUCUGUGGUUUUGGCCUCCUGAUUCUAAAACCAUAGCUUUUGAUGUUUAUCUUAUCUUAUUGAGCUGAGGUUCUUGCCUCUUCUCUAUCUUUGGAUAGCUAUGAGCUUUGCAUAAUUUCUAAUUUGUUGAUGUAUCAUUAAUUUUUUCACUAGCAGUUGCAUCCAUGAUCUCAAGUUGGCAGAAUUAUUUCCUAUAUCUCUAUUGACGUUGGAUUUCAGACUUUCCCCUUUCUGUUGACAAUAAUCUAUAAAUGUUUGCUUGGAACUGGCCAGAUUUCACAUCACUGAUAUUGCUACCCGUUUUAUGAUUCAAGAUCAUUUCCGUGGAUUGAUGUUGGCACAAGUUUUAGUGGAAUUGAAAUGUAAGAAUCUCAUCGAGGAGGAGAAUUAACGUUGCCGGAUGAUGGAGGAUUAUCACAAGGCUAAUGGAAAUGGAGCAACUGAUAAUGGACACAUUGUUGCUAGACACUCUUAUCAACCAUCCAUGAAGGGCUCAUUACCUUGGCUUGACAUAAGAGUAUUCUAUGUAAGAGUUUGCAAAUGUGAACUUGAUGAUACUACUCCUGAGGUUCUUACACUGAACCACAUUCCUUUGAAUCCUGAUACUCUUCUUGAAGUUAACGGUGUACGAACUAGUAUAUAUUCCGAUGGGGUUUCAACGCUUCUCAGAAGAGACAGAGUGGAUAGAAAAUCAGAAGAAGUGACAUUUGUGAGCACUGAUAGAUUAAGGACGACUGGUAGUGUGAAGUAUGAGGUGUUUGAUAAUGAUGUCCUUCUGCUUUCUGGGGUUUUAGAACUAUGUAAUGAUAGCAAGGGUCUUGAAAGGGAUUCAAGUUUGGAUGGAAAAAAGUGGAUCAUGAACUGUGAAUCAGAUUUAACUCCAGGCGCUAGCUUCUUCAAGGGGAAGCAAUUCAUGUUGCCUGAUUCAGCUUCACCUACAAUUGAGGUCUACAUUGCUGGGUCCUUCUUGGGGAUUCCAAUUAUAUUAACAAAGACACUGAUGCUAAGUUCUAAGAAAAAAAUCAUGAGGAAGGGAGUGUUGGAUGCGAUUCCGGAGCAUGAAGCUGAUGUAAACCAGAAACAUGUUCCCUCAAGUCUCGCUUUGCAUUUGCAGGGCCCAGAUUAUUUGCGGCAGAAACCAGAAGAAGAGGAUUACAACGGACUGUACACAAGAAGAGGAUGUCAAGAGGAGGUGGAAGACGGAGAACUUUCAUGGUUCAAUGCUGGUGUGAGGGUUGGUGUAGGUAUUGGCCUCAGUGUGUGCCUUGGUAUUGGCAUUGGAGUUGGACUGCUCAUUAAAACUUACCAAGGAACCACUCGCCACUUUAGAAGACGCCUUUUGUAAAUGACUCUCUUUUGUUUCAGCUCUUCUUUUUUGGCCCUUUCCACAGCAAACACAAUAAUGGUUUUCAAAAUAAUUGUUUUGUUUUUCUUGUUUUGCUUGUAUUAGAUAUAUAUACAGUGUAUCUUCACCUCCAUCUCCAUCCAGGCGAUACGAUAUGUUCUUGAUACAUGCCUCUCUUGUAUUCAAUCUCUGGGUGACGUUUGUUGUGAAUGUCUUAAUUUUUUUGAGUGCUUGAAGGUCUGUUCAUCGAAAAUUCGAGUAUGAUAUGUAUGGAAGAUUUUGGACA